UGGCCAUGUAUAUAUUUCAACAGUCACGGUUAAAUCACAAACUACACGAGAAGAAGAUGUCAGGCGUGUUUACUCAGUGCAAACACCCAACUAUGCAAUGGCAUGAUUUUAAAGCACAUUCUUGGACUAUAAAAUGUUUCCCAUUUGCCCACUGGUAACAAUAAUAGCGGUGACUUCUUUUUCCGAGGGCUGGAACAAUCUGAGCUAACAAAGUCAAAAGCCAUGAAGAGGCCGGAGCUGGUGUUCCUUGCGAUAACUUUGUGCAGCAUAGCAGCACAAGCUGCAGAAGACUUGUCAGGGAAAGUCUUCUCCUUUCCACAGUAUGGAAGGACACCUCACGUGAGACUUACUCCAUCAAACUCCAGCACCCAGGUCUCAGCCACCUUCUGUCUGAGGGUCUUCACAGAUUUUGAUCAUUAUGAAUUUGCACUUUUUUCUACAGCCACCGCCAAACAAUCACGUAGUUUUACAGUGAUUAGGCGAGGUGCAGAGAAACAGUAUCAGAUUGUUGUUGAUGGCAACGAGGUCAACUUCUAUGGAUUACCAUUCGACUUAAACAAAUGGAAUUCUAUAUGUGUGACCUUGGAUGGAAAACCCGGCUUAUCGCAGAUAUUUGUCAACGGGAUUCACAGUCUGAAGAAAGAACACAUGCCUGGGGUGUCCAUUGCUGACAACCCGAUCAUAAUACUAGGCCGAGAUCAGAAUAAUUAUGGAGGAGAGUUGGAUCGUAAAAAAGGCUUUGUAGGACAGAUGAGAAAUGUGAACAUGUGGAACUAUGUCUUUUCUCCAUGUGAAAUCGAGAGUUAUAUGCAAGAACUGGUUUACAAUACCGGUAAUAAUAUUGACUGGAAAAAGAUGGAUUUCUCUCAUCAUGGUGUGCUGUUAGAAAACUAUGAAACCUGCUAGCUUCAUUGGAUCAGAGACAUCAAUGUGAUUUCAUAUCCAAGCUUUUUUUGUGGUAUUAUGCUCCAAUAAUGGUAAUUAGAUCCUCUAUCAUCUCAUUUGUAACAUUUUAAAGUUCUGUAACAUAACACCUUGAAUAAAGAACAAAAUAUGAUGUGAUAAAAGUAUUCAUACAAAC